UAACUUAUUAACAGCGUGAAGAGGUUUCUCAGCACCUCCUGCAGCACAGGAAAAUGGACUAUGGCUCCCUUUGACUCUGACCCUCCAAACUCACACACACAUACUUAAACAUUAAGUGUGUCUCACUGCCACACAAAGAAUCCAGGAGGCUGUAAACAAGGACACUCAGCCAACACGCGCCUGCAUCACAUGCAGACAAUCAGCAAACUUGGCUAGUUUCGCUGAGGUGGAGGUGGUGGUCGUCAGUGAGAUCAGCAGCUCCGCAAACUUGCGCGAACAUGGAUCCUCUGGAGGAAUACCACUCUCCGUUUGACUUUGAACAAGGAGUCAACACCAGGUACCUCUACCUCUCCCCGACCUACUGUGACACGCCGCCCAGCUCGCCAGCUGUCGCAACCAGAGAUUCCCAGCAGCAUACGGAUUCAGCCCCAGAGGUGGGAGAAGAUGCAGCCACGUCAGUCGGUCCCUCAUCCCCUCCACCGGCCAUGACGGAGGAAGAGCGGCAGGAGCUGCAGGAAGACUUGGUCAAGGUGGAGGAUGAGAUCCAGACUCUGUCCCAGGUCCUGGCAGCCAAGGAGAGGCAGUUGGCAGACAUCAAGAGGAAGCUGGGCAUCACACCUUUGAAUGAGCUCAAACAGAACAUCUCCAAAACCUGGCAGGAGGUCACCACCUCCACCGCCUAUAGGAGGACUUCUGAAACACUCUCUCAGGCGAGUCUGAAGGCCUCGGCAGCUUUUUCUAAUGUUGGCUCAGCCAUCACCCGGAAGCUCGAGGAUGUGAGCAUGCGCUCAUUACAACACUCCACUAGCAUGCCUGUCAUGAGAAAUGCACCAACUUUCAAGUCAUUCGAGGAAAAAGUGGAGACUUUGAAGACCAAAAUGACUCCACCAGCAUCUGCCACUGACCCCGAGGAGCCGGACAACAACGGAGCGACCCCCGAGUCUUUGCUCACUCAGCCGGAGGAUUCACCCACUCAGGAGAUGCCGAUGAACUGAGACUUGGCCAUCGCCUACACUGAUCCACUCCCACCCUCCCUCCCGCCCUCCUCACUUCACUUCACUUCACUUCCUAACCCCUGGACCAUCACCACUGACCCCCCCCCCCAUUCCCUCCCCAAACUCCCUGUGCCAGUCUCCCGCUUUACUGAAAACAAAUGACUUAACCCCAGCCGCCUUUGUCUUCUAAUAGUCUGGUGUCUUUGUGUGAAUUGUUCACCCACUAGUGUGGAAACUGAAAGCAGGGUGAUUGGGUGGGUGGUUUUAGGAGCAGGCACGCGAUCUUGUCAGUCAUUUCCUCUUUUUUGUUGUUGCACCCCUCGUUUUCUCUGCCAAAUGUGGUCCGAAAUUUGUUUUGUUUUUUUCUGUAUCAAAAUAAUAGAUUGUCACGUGUUUGUAUGCUUGCAUGAAGUAACUGCACAAACUUAAUUAGACAAGAAUUUUCACUUAAACUUCACUGUGUGUUUGUGUGUGUGUGUGUGUGUGUCUGUGAGCACCAGGCAGACCUUGGUCUGUUGCUUAUGCAUAGCCCAUUAUGAUAUGCUGGAUUUAUUAUUAUUAUUAUUGUUAUUACAAGUUUUACCACCAUUUUGGGGGCUAUUCUUGGUUUACUAAGUGUUGCCUUGUUGGAGCCAAUAAUUCUCUUCACUGUCUAACACUGUGUUCAAAAUAUGAAUGAUUUCUCAUAACCGUUUUUAAACGCUGCCCUUUUAAAAACACAUUUAAUAAAAAAAGGCCACGAUGAGAUCAGAGGCAGAGCAAACGCAGUCGUGGGUUCGGCCUUGGCUCGAGGUGGGAGUGAAACAAAUGUUUCUUCCAGAGCCAAUAUCAAUAUUUCAACACUUCUCCAUUGUUUCUGUUCGGGAGGCUACACCUAGCAUCCUCAUGGCAAGAGAAUGCCCCACUUGUUUUAAAUUUGAUGAAGGAUAAACUGAUAAAGAGUAAUAUUAUAAUAUAGUAUGGGGUCACCAAAGUUUACCAGUAUUCUCUCUAUAUAUUUAGUUUUUUCUGUUUAUUGUUUUGAGGAGUUUCUGGGACAAUCUGAUCAAAAUGUUCUGUUCCCAAAAACUCCAGUAUGAUAUACAGUGUUUUCAACAGUCUGAGGCCACUUAAACUACUGAACACACACAUUUUCCGAGUUAACUGGGGAUAAGGAAAACUUGACGGGCAAACGGGCGUCACAUGGAGUCAAACCUCCGCCUUUGCUGGUCCACGUCUUCAUGUCUGAACACAAAUCUGUGAGGAAUUCAAACCAUCGCACACCGACUGAUCCUCGGUCAGUGUUCUGGGAGACCUCCGUGUAAGACGGAGCGAGAGGGAGAUGCUGAGCCUCGGCAGCGGUUGUGUUUUUAACAUGAAUACUGUAUGUCCUCAUGUGACUUCACUGUGACCCAGAUCAUGGAGGAAAGUCCGUUACAGCCUUUUCACAUCAGCAGUGACAAAUGUACGUGUAAUAAAUCAUGCAUACGGCAUCACAGAGACACGCGUGUGACUUGUUUUUAAACUGUUAUAGUUUAUUAAAUGCAGCUCUGAUGCAACCUUA